UAAUAAACACACGUUGAAGUUAUCAAGAGAGCAAUGAUGGACACGAAAGUCAGUGACUGAAUCCCCCAUUCCUUAACCUUCCUUCUUCGCUCCCCUGUCUUCUUCAAAUUAUUUGGCACCAUUAAUUUUUCUUCAGUUUCCCCUUAUAAAUAAUCAUAUUCAUAGCUUUUUCUUCAAGAUUACGUGAACCCUUGAUUCAAGCCAGCCUCCACAAAUCUCUCUUUUCCAAUUCCUUCUCUUUUCUUCUUUCUUUCAACCCUUUCUUACACCCUUCAAUCAACUAACCUACUACUCGAUUUCUUCGAUUAUGGCUUCCCUUAACUCAAUUUCCCCUUCUCAAUCUCUUUUCAACAAAACCCUUUUCAUAAUUCCUAAUUCUUUUUCGAACCCCAAUUUGGAUUCCUGUUUCUUAUCCAACAAAAGGGUUUCUAUUUCCCUUCGAUUUCAGAAGAACCCUGUUGGGAUUUCAACUGGUCGAAUGAAGAAUGUGCCGUUCGUUUCAGCUACUACGGCUGAGAAGCCGAAGAAGCGAUACCCUGGUGAAUCAAAAGGGUUUGUUGAGGAGAUGAGGUUUGUGGCUAUGAAAUUGCACACUAGGGAUCAAGCUAAAGAGGGUGAGAAAGUUACUAAAGAGCCCCAAGAAGGGCCUGUUUCUAAAUGGGAACCGACUGUUGAAGGGUAUUUGAAGUUUCUUGUGGAUAGCAAACUUGUUUAUGAUACACUGGAUAGAAUCAUUGCCAAGGCUGUGUUUCCUUCCUAUGCAGAGUUCAGUAACACAGGAUUGGAAAGGUCUGAACCAUUGGCAAAAGAUUUGGAGUGGUUCAAAGAGCAAGGCUAUGUCAUUCCAGAACCUUCUUCUCCUGGAGUCACCUAUGCUCGUUAUCUUGAAGAGCUAUCAGAAAAGGAUCCUCAAGCAUUUAUUUGCCAUUUCUAUAAUAUAUACUUUGCCCACACUGCUGGUGGUCGGAUGAUUGGGCGAAAGGUAGCAGAAAAGAUACUCGACAACAAGGAGUUAGAAUUUUAUAAAUGGGAUGGUGACCUUUCCGAAAUGUUGCAGAAUGUAAGGGAGAAGCUGAACAAAGUCGCCGAAAGCUGGAGUAGGGAGGAGAAGAACCAUUGCCUGGAGGAAACUGAGAAAUCCUUUAAGCACUCGGGAGAAAUUCUCCGUUUGAUAUUGUCGUGAUGACAAUAAUGGCAACGACAACAACAAACAUACUAUGAUGCUUGGUUGUCUUAUGAUAAUAGUUAUGUUAUUUUUCUUUUGUACAGCUCUAAUGGGUUAUGCCCACCAUCUCUGUCAAGGCUUAAAUUCUUAGAUUCCCUUGUUGGAACUUCAACUCUUAUUUAAGGAACAAAGUAUCCGUUUGUAAACUCUUGAAAGUUAUAUCCUGAAAGGGAUAUUCAAGUGUAUUUUACAGGAAUCAAUUUGCCUAUUAUUUUACUACAA